AUGGCGGCGACCGACCAGAUCCCGGUUGAGGAAUAUGAUUAUGAAGCCCUCCCAUCCAACUAUGGCCUCGGCCGGAAUAUGCUUGCUGGUGCUUUUGCUGGUAUCGCGGAGCACUCUGUGAUGUAUCCUGUGGACCUGCUCAAGUUGGGAUGGACGCUGACCGGUUGCAUUUUGGAUGGUUCGCAGACUCGCAUGCAAAUCCUGAACCCCUCCACAGGCGGCCUUUACACUGGGUUGACCAAUGCGGUCUCAACAAUCUAUCGGAUCGAAGGCUGGCGGACACUUUGGAAAGGUGUUUCGAGCGUGAUUGUCGGCGCUGGUCCGGCACACGCGGUGUACUUCGGCACAUAUGAGAUCGUGAAGGAGAUGGCGGGUGGUAAUGUGGAUGAUGGACACCAUCCGUUGGCAGCUGUGAUCAAGCAAAGGAUGCAGGUCCACGGAUCUGUCCACAAGUCUCUGAUGCAAUGCGCCAAAACUCUCUACCGCACCGAGGGACUCCAGGCCUUUUACGUCUCCUACCCAACCACCCUCUGCAUGACCGUGCCCUUUACUGCCACCCAAUUCGUUGCAUAUGAGUCCAUCUCGAAGGUGAUGAACCCAUCUCAGGAAUAUGACCCGUUCACUCACUGUAUGGCCGGUGGUCUUGCGGGUGCUUUUGCGGCCGGUAUCACUACUCCUCUUGAUGUUGUGAAGACCCUCCUUCAAACUCGUGGCCUUGCAGAGAGCGAGGAGAUCCGCUCUGCCCGUGGUCUGUUCAAUGCUGCCGCCAUUAUCAAGCGCCAGUUUGGUUGGUCUGGAUUCCUUCGCGGCAUGCGGCCUCGUAUUAUCUCCACUAUGCCCAGCACAGCUAUCUGUUGGACUUCGUACGAGAUGGCCAAGGCCUACUUCAAGCAACUCCCUGAAUAG